CAGUCCCCGCUGGUGGCGUCAUUCCGGGGCGGGACCACGGGGAUAGCCAAUCAGGCGUGGCCGCUGAGGGGAGCCAAGAUGGCGGCCAACGUGGUGCGGCGGGGCGCCUGGGGAGCCGGCCGGAGGUUUGGGCUGGUCGCUUACCGAAGGUACAGCAGUGGGGGUGGCUACCCCGGCGUCCCCCUGACGGCUCCUCUGCCCGGCGUCCCCAAGCCUGUCUUUGCCACCGUGGACAGUCAGGAGGGCUUUGAGACCAAAGUGACUGUCCUGGAGAAUGGGCUGCAGGUGGCUUCUCAGAAGAAGUUUGGGCAGUUCUGCACCGUUGGGAUUCUCAUAAAUUCAGGAUCAAGAUAUGAAGCAAAAUAUAAUGGUGGCAUUUCACACUUUUUGGAAAAGCUGGCUUUUUCUUCGACAGCCCAGUUUGGCAGCAAGGAUGAGAUCCUCCUAACCUUGGAAAAGCAUGGUGGCAUCUGUGACUGCCAGGCUUCAAGGGAUACCACCAUGUAUGCCGUUUCUGCAGACGCAAAAGGCCUGGACACGGUAGCGAGUUUGCUGGCUGAUGUGGUGCUGCAGCCCAGAUUAUCAGACGAGGAGAUCGAGAUGACUCGCAUGGCGGUUCGCUUUGAGCUGGAGGACCUGAACAUGAGGCCGGAUCCAGAGCCCUUGCUCACCGAGAUGAUUCACGCAGCAGCGUACAGAGACAACACCGUCGGACUGAACCGGUUCUGCCCAGCCGAGAACGUCGACGCCAUCGACAGGAACGUCCUCCAUUCGUACCUGCGGAAUUACUACACGCCCAGCCGGAUGGUGCUGGCCGGCGUGGGCAUUGAGCACGAGCAGCUGGUGGACUGUGCCCGGAAGUACCUCCUGGGCGUGGAGCCGGUGUGGGGGGACGGGAAGGCCAAGCAGCUGGACCAGUCCGUGGCCCAGUACACUGGGGGGAUCCUCAAGCUUGAAAAAGACAUGUCGGACGUGAGUUUGGGGCCCACCCCCAUCCCAGAGCUGACCCACAUCAUGAUUGGCCUGGAAAGCUGCUCCUUCCUGGAGGAAGACUUCAUCCCUUUUGCGGUCCUGAACAUGAUGAUGGGGGGAGGGGGCUCCUUCUCUGCCGGCGGGCCUGGCAAGGGCAUGUUCACCCGCCUGUACCUCAACGUCCUCAACCGGCACCACUGGAUGUACAACGCCACCUCCUACCACCACAGCUACGAGGACACCGGCCUCCUGUGCAUCCACGCCAGUGCAGACCCCAGGCAGGUCCGGGAAAUGGUGGAAAUAAUUACCCGGGAAUUCAUUUUGAUGGCAGGAACAGUCGGGGAGGUUGAGCUCGAGCGAGCCAAGACCCAGCUGCAGUCCAUGCUCAUGAUGAACCUGGAGUCCCGGCCGGUUAUUUUCGAGGAUGUGGGGAGGCAAGUGCUGGCAACCGGCAGCCGGAAGCUGCCCCACGAGCUCUGCGUCCUGAUUGGCAAAGUCAGCGCCAGUGACAUCAAGCGGGUGGUGACGAAGAUGCUGCGGAACAAGCCUGCCGUGGCCGCCCUGGGGAACUUGGCGGAGCUGCCCAGUUACGAGCACAUCCAGGCCGCUCUCGCCAGCAAGGACGGGCGUCUCCCCCGUGUGUACAGACUCUUCCGUUAAGCCUCCGGCUGCUGCUGCUGCUGGGGAGACCCUGGUUGGCCUGCAGAAAUGGCAGCUCACGCACCAGGCCACUGGAGGCCUUUGCCACCGCGACGGCACCGCGGCCCUGGACACCACCUGCUCUUCUGCAAGAGACUUGGGGGGGCUGCAUGCCAGGAGGAAGGCAGGGGCCCUCCGCCCAAAGAACGGCCCACUGUAUGGCUGCAGCUCAGUGCCCAAGACAGGCAGCAAAGUUCCCCCGUAGAGAACGCAAAUAAAGAGUUCCAUGGCCCAGG